AUUGGUCAUAAAAAUAUAAUUGCUGGAUUGAAAUUGAAGUGUUUACCUUAAUUUAAAAUUUAGAACAAGUCUAUAACAUUAAUUUUUCAAAAGCAAUAGCAAUGAGGUCUCGAAUAGUGAGAGAUGCAGUUGUGUACCGUGACCAUGUUCAAGCAAUCAAAUCUGGUUUUGCAUCAACUGUUUUCACUUGUAAUCAAUUGAUUCACCUUUAUAACAAACAUGGUUUCUUGCAAGAUGCCCACAAACUGUUCGACGAAAUGCCCCACCGAAAUGUCUACUCUUGGAACGCCCUUAUUAUGGCUUACAUAAAAGCACACAACUUGACACAAGCACGAGCCAUUUUCGAUUCAGCCUCUCAUAGAGAUUUGGUUUCGUAUAAUUCCAUGUUGUCAGCUUAUGUUAGUGCUGACGGACACGAGACCGAGGCAUUUGAUUUGUUUAAUAGAAUGCAAUCUGCGCGUGACACAAUUGGGAUUGACGAGUUCACUCUCACAACCAUGCUUAACCUUGCUGCCAAGCUAAAUGUAGCGUGUUAUGGGAAGCAGAUGCAUACGCAUAUGGUGAAAACUGCAAAUGAUUUAAGCAAGUUUGCAUCGAGUUCUCUCAUUAACAUGUACUCUAAAUGUGGUUUGUUUCUUGACACGUGCAAUGUGCUUAGUGGUUGUGAUGGGGUGGUGGACUUGGUUUCAAAGAAUGCAAUGGUUGCUGCUUGUUGUAGGGAAGGAAAGAUGGACAUGGCUUUGAAUGUGUUUUGGAAAAAUUCUGAGGUUAAUGAUACUGUGUCAUGGAAUACGUUGAUUGCAGGAUAUUCCCAGAAUGGCUAUAUGGAUAAAGCACUUGACUUGUUUGUUGAGAUGACAGAAAGACGUAUUAGGUAUGAUGAACAUACUUUAGCUAGUGUAUUAAGCGCUUGCUCGGGCCUAAAAUAUUUGAAACUUGGCAAGUGCAUCCAUGUGUGGGUGUUGAAAAACGACUUCAGUACAAAUCAAUUCAUUAGCAGCGGCAUCGUAGACUUGUACUGUAAGUGUGGGAAUAUUAGGUAUGCGGAGUCGGUGUAUGAAGGAAUUGGUAUUAAAAGCCAAUUUGAAGUUGCUUCAUUGAUUGUAGGCUAUUCGUCUCAAGGCAACAUGAUAAAAGCCCAAAGGCUCUUUGAUACUCUAUCGGAAAGAAAUUAUGUUGUCUGGACAGCUCUAUGUUCCGGCUAUGCCAAAUCACAACAAUGCGAGGAAGUCUUCAAACUUUUCAGAGAGUUUAUAACUACCGAAUCACUAAUUCCAGAUGCAAUGAUCAUCGUCAUUAUACUUGGUGCCUGUGCAACACAAGCCGCCCUUUGUUUGGGAAAGCAGAUUCAUACUUACAUCUUGAGAAUGGGACUUAAUAUGGAUAAAAAAAUGCUGAGUGCCAUGGUUGAUAUGUACUCCAAAUGUGGUAAUAUCAUGUACGCCGAGAAAAGCUUCCAACUAAUGACUGAUAAUGAUAGCGAUGCAAUCUUGUAUAAUGUCAUGAUAGCUGGUUAUGCUCAUCAUGGUUUUGAAAAUAAAGCUAUACAACUUUUUCGAGACAUGUUAAAGAAAAGUGUCAAGCCAGAUGCAGUCACUUUUGUAGCGCUUCUAUCUGCUUGUCGGCACCGUGGGCUAGUAGAACAAGGAGAGAAUUUGUUUAUUUCUAUGCAAGAAGAUUACAAUGUAUUGCCCGAGAUAUACCACUAUGCUUGUAUGGUUGAUAUGUAUGGAAGGGCGAAUCAACUAGAGAAGGCAGUAGAAUUCAUGAGGAAGAUUCCCGUACAGAUAGAUGCAACAAUUUGGGGAGCGUUUCUUAAUGCUUGUCAAUUAAACAAUAAUACAUCCCUUGUCAACCUGGCAGAAGAGAAACUGUUAAAAGUUGAGUCUCAUAAUGGGUCUCGGUAUGUGCAAUUGGCCAAUGUCUAUGCUACUGAGGGAAAGUGGGAUGAGAUGGGAAGAAUAAGGAAGAAAAUGAGAGUGAAGGAGGCAAAAAAGAUUGCUGGUUGCAGUUGGAUAUAUGUAGAAAAUGGUAUUCAUGCAUUUACUUCUGGUGAUAAAUCUCAUGCAAAAGCAGAUGCAAUAUAUUCAACUUUGUUGUGCUUGAAUAGGGACAGAAGUGAAGCAAUUUCAUGAAAUUUGGGGGUAAUGUUCGUGUAAAUAUAUCUUGAUACUCAUCUAGCCAAUGAUACUAAACAUUUUCAAAUCAACAAUUAUUUUGCCAAGUGGGAAUCAUAAGAUCACCAUUCGAUGCAACAUGCUUAUGGAUACCAUUGCAGCACUGAGUUGAAUAUGAUGUCCAUCGGCAUUUAGUACUACUAUGAAAAUUAUUGGACGGCUGCACUUUUUCAUGAACUCCCAAAGGGAAAAGUGGUAAGAAAGUUUUGAGAAGCAGAGACUCCUAUGUCUUUAAGCCAAACCUAAAUGUAGACACUGAAUCAAUGAUAAUAAACUGCCAAGUAGCUGACAUUUCUUCCUUAUUACACAUAUAGCAUUUAAGCCUUUACUCAUAGAUAUCCAAUUCAUGACCCAUUGCAGUCUUUGUGUAAUUAGCAACUGGUAUUGUAGUAAUGAAUGACUAAACCAAUACAUUAUUAUACAGUAUUGUAGUAGAUAUCUUGGCAAAUGUUGUAAACGGCGACAUAGAACAGUGUAAGUUGACAAGAUGAGUUAUGCUUUGACUAUCAGGAGGCAUGCAAACUUUUAUGGAGCAUAUAUAGAAAAGCUGCCUUAUUCCUUUCAAAGUGAAGGUCUGUUAGAAAAGGCUCCUUGAAGGCACUGAUUCAAGUCAGAAAAGGCUCCAGUCUAUAUGAUCUACUACAAUGUCUCGUAUUUGGUGACAUAUGAGACAUGAAGGACUAAAGACUAACACUCGGUAAUUAGGAAUUUAUGAAAGUUUGUGGUGUAUCCACCUUUAAGCCAGUUGGUGCUACUGUGAGUGAUGUUGAACAUGCAAGUGGAAGCAUAGGAGCAUGCUCUGAUUCGUAUGGGUUUGUUUAAAAGUACAUUGAGGAUCAAUUCUUGUUGUUGAUUGAUUUUAUCAUUUUGUUGUUCCUGCUGAUUUGCUCCUCGGCUGUUCUUCUGGCCUUCUCUGCUUGUAAGAGUCUUACAGUAAGACAUUAUGCAGGUAUAAAGUUUCAGAUACCACCCACAAUACAUGUUUUUGAAGUGCUUGUAAAAAAUACUUGUUUUUGGA